AUGAACGGAACUACAGUUAAGGCCAACGACAAGAAAAAGCGAGCAAAGAAAGGGCACUAUAAGCGAGAAUGCCGGAGCCCGAAGAAAGAAUGGAAGCCAGUCCCUGGAAAAGAAAUCGCGGAUAUCGACGAAACCACCAAGAACGUCACCGAAGUAGCAGCCACGAGCUACGAAGACAAGGACAGUGACAUAGACAGUCUCGGACACGAUGGCGACGGAGCCAAUAGACGGGCGCCGGGCCCGACCGAGCUGCAGCGUGUUUAUGGCGACGAGGGUCCGUCCGCGACGCAAGAUGCAAGAGACGGCAGGAACUUCUGGUUCCAGCUUUUGAGGCAGGCAUCCACGACCACUGUCGGGAUCUCCUGCCGUUUUUGA